AAAAAAUUUAAAAAAUCAAUACCAAUAAAACAUUUACAACGUUUUUUUCUUCAAAAUUUACCUUGUGUAAAAUAGUUACUGAAACGUUAGAAAAUACGGCUAAUUCUUAACAAAAUAGUUACUGAAAACGUUUGAAAAUAUGGCAAAUUCUCAACAAAAUAGUUACUGAAAACAUUUGAAAAUAUGGCGAAUUCUCAACAAAAUAAGUUUUUGGAAACUAUCAUUCUUAAAGCUACGGAAAUCGGAGGUAUUUUCAUUAUUGCAAACGCUUUGAAAAAUACCCAUCCUAUCAUCUAUUGCAGUGAGAAUUUUUCUCUACAAACUGGGUUUACAAGAAGUGAAGUUACUAGAAAAGAUGUAUAUUUAGAGUUUUUACAUGGUAAAAAAACAGACCCUGCAACAAAAAAAUGCUAUAUGAAUGGCGUAUUGUCAAAAUCUAACACAAAAGUUCAACUAAUUCUGUAUAACGCAUACGGAUUUAAAAGAUGGUUUUUAAUUUCGCUAAUACCAGUCAAAAAUAACAACGGUAUCGUGUGUUUGUUUCUGGUAUUUUUUCAUGAUAUUACUCAUACAAAACCGCCUAUAAAAGAAUCUCCUAAAAAAAAAUGGAAAAGAGCCAUUAAAAUGAUUUUAAAGAAAAAAGUUGUGCCAAAUUAUACAAGUUGCAACAAAGUUGAAAUGUCACUUUCAAAGAUUUGUAAUUUUUACAACAAAAUUUAUAUACCAGAUUAUAAAAAUCAACUCUAUAUACCAAAGUGGAUAAUAUAUCACCUCCAUCCUAUAAAGGUUAUUUGGGAUUUUAUAAUGUUAGCAUUAACUGUGGUAUUCAACGCCGUUAUAAUCCCAUUUGCUGAAUCCUUUGACUACAGAAAUAAAGCCAUUGAUAACUUUAGUAUUUUUACUUACGUCGUGUAUACAAUCGAUAUUGUUAUGGUAUUUUUUACAUCAGUUGAAAAAGAUGGUGUACUUGUAACUAAUCAUAAAAAACUAAGAAAAUACUAUCUUAGAAGCUGGUUUUUGUUUGAUAUAGUUUCUUCAUUUCCAUAUGACUUGUUUAGUGUUAGUAAAAAGAAUGUACUAAUUGUUAUCAAACUGUUAAAGAUUAUUCGUAUUAUGCGCUUAAUUAAAGUUAGCCAAGUUAUAUUAGACUUAAUAGGCCAUAGUUUCACUACUCUCAUGGGUUGGUUCAUGCUAUUUUGUUUAUGCGGUCAUUGGAUGGCUUGCGUUUGGUAUGUGAUAGCUUCGAAUAUUGAUGUUCCUGCAGUAAACAACAAUAGUUGGUUAAUUAGCCUAAUGAAGGAUGGAAAAUAUAAAAGCAUCAACGACAUAAGUUUAUCCACUCGAUAUAUCAGCGCCUUAUAUUAUGCUGCAACCAGUUUAAGCACAAUUGGCUUUGGAAAUAUUGCCCCAAAUACGUUUGCUGAAAAAAUAUUUGGAAUAGUUACAAUGAUUCUGGGCUGUUUGGCAUAUGCUUUUAUUUUUGGACAAGUAAACAAUAUUAUCUUCCAGUUAAGUCAAUCUAAAAAUGAACAUCUUUCGCAGCUCAGAGAACUUCGUCAAUUUAACGCUUUAUAUAAAAUACCUAAAGAUAUUCGAACGCUAGCAGAAAACUAUUGCAUAGCUACGUGGCAAGUUACAAAAGGGACAGAUGAAGAAAAGAUUACACAAAGCAUUCCUCGGAGCCUUCAAUCUGAUCUUUGCUUUCAUAUUCAUGGAGAUGUUUUCAAAAAUGAGUCAGUAUUUCAUUAUUUGAGUGAAAAUGCCUUACGAGCUUUGUCGCGUUAUUUUUGGACGUUGCGCACUUUUUCAGGCGAUAAACUUAUACAACAAGGAGAAAUAGUUACUUCAAUAUAUUUUGUGACUUAUGGAUUGUUUGAAAUAAAAGAUGGCAGUGAUCUCAUUGGACUUGUUGGACCUGGUGACUCUUUCGGACAGUAUCCUAUUGUGGAACCAGCAGAUUCCAAAUUUGAAGUGAUAGCUAACUCCUUUAGUGAAAUACACGUUAUACGCACUCAAGAUUUAUUUGAAUCACUUUCUUCGUUUCCUGCUGAAAGAGAUUUAUUAAAGUACACACUUAAGCUCACAUUUGAUCUAACAAAAAAGAAAAAUAAAGCUGAUUUUGUAAACCGUACAGAUGCUCUAAUAUUUACCAAAAAGUUUAUUGAACAUGAUGCUGUGGAUCACGUCGACAGGUUAAUAUUGCCAGAAAAAGACUCUGAAGAUGAAACAGAUAAAGUUGAUCUCACUGAUGACGAAUUUAAUCAGUUUGAUUCAUCUGAAAGCGAAGUUGUCGAGUUAGAAGAAGAAAUACGGAACGAAACACUUAAAAUGGAUGCAAACUUAAAAUAUAUUGAAUCUCAAAUGAAAAUUUUGUUAAAUAAACUUAAAGUCAGAAAGGAAGAAGAUGAACGUUUUGGAAAGAAUUCAGAUGUUUGGACAGAUUUUUAUAAUAAUGCUUUUAUAAAAAUGUUUUCAAAUUAAUAUUUCCAAUAUAAAAAAAGAAAUUAGUUUAGGUUGCUGCUAUGAUCUGCAGUAACCUCAACAUUUUUUCCUUUAAA